AUGAGAGAAUGAUUGAACGUUGGGUGUCAGAAAGAGAUUCAUGGGUAACAAUAAAGAGGGAAAUAACAAAGAUGUUCUCCUCUGCUGCCUGUUUGAAUGGAAGUUUUCUCAAAGCAAGUCAAGAUGAACAGGAUUUUGAACUGGCUGAAAAAGCUUUUUCAAAGUUAUUAGGGAAUGAAAAGGUGAUAUCAAAGGUAGUGAAGGUGGUUGAACAGAUGCUUUGUUCUCUGAAUCCUAAUCCAGUUGGUGAGGAAUCGCUGAGAGUUUAUCUUCUCAUCCCUGAGCUCAUCAGAUCUAUCCAGAAACAGCAAAGAACCGAACUCACUGAAGCUCUGGCCUCCAAAGUCCUUCAGCUGGAUCCCGAUGCUCACAAGGUGUUAGAGAAGUACUGGUCCAAACUCCCUGAUGGUUGGCUCAAAAGCCUGGUGAAGUUAUUUCGUAAAGCAUCUGCUGAGCUGAUUGGCCAGAUUUCUUAUGGUAAAAUGAACCAGGAUAUACAGCGCUUGGAGAAGUUUUUGAAGAUUCUUCAGACUAUCCAUCAGGUCUGCUGCAGUGCCAACAGAGACAUCCCAAAGAGGGAUUUCAUCAUUCAUGAGAUCAAUGAUCUACUAGAUAUGCUGCAAACCACCUUGGAAUACCUGAAAGAGUGCAAUGAUGUCUAUGAUAUAGUUUUGAAACAACAUUACUACAUUGUGGAGAACUAUUAAAAUAUUAUUGAAGUUCCCUUUUGCUGCUGAUUCUGCAUCUAAAUG